GAGAUAGACCCACUUCAUAAAAACUUUGCAGUGGAGAAAAUUGUUUCCCUUUAUUUAUUUUUUUCUUAAUGCACAGUAACCAAACUCUUUUAUGAGCUCUAUAAAUUCCCCGACAAAUGCUGUUUCCCUUGUGCUUCCAUUCUUUAUACAAACUUACUGAACUCUUUACUCUCUCUCCCCCCCCAUCAACCUGUAAAAGUGCCAUAAGCAUCUUGACUCUUUACCCAGGCCUAAAGUUCCCUAAAUGGCAAGCUGUGCUGUGUUACAGCUUCUCGUUCUUGUUCUUCCAUCAAUCAUUCUAGCACUAACAAAUGCAAAUUUAGAAGGGGAUGCUUUGUACGCUCUGAGGAGAGCAGUGAAGGAUCCAGGGCAUGUUCUCCUGAGCUGGGACCCAAACUUGGUGGAUCCAUGUACUUGGUUCCACGUUACCUGUGAUGGUGAUAAUCGGGUUACCCGACUAGACCUUGGAAACGCAAAGCUUUCAGGCAGUCUGGUUCCUGAUUUGGGGAAGCUCGUCCGUCUUCAGUAUCUGGAACUGUACAUGAAUGAACUGGUGGGUCCUAUACCAAGGGAGCUUGGAAACCUUAAGAGCCUUGUGAGCUUGGAUCUAUAUCACAACAACCUCACUGGGACCAUUCCUGCUUCACUUUCUAAGCUUUCCAAUCUUAAAUUCCUGAGACUGAACGGCAACAGACUGACUGGAAGGAUACCAAGAGAACUGACCAAAUUGGAGAGUCUAAAGAUCAUUGACGUGUCGAACAAUGAUUUAUGUGGCACCAUACCUGCCUCAGGUUCUUUCUCCAAGUUCACGGAGGAAAGUUUUGUGAAUAACUCAAGACUGGAAGGACCGGAACUGCUGGGAUUUGUGAGAUACGGUGCUGCCGGAAGCUGUAAAUAACAGGCCACUAAGAGGCAGUUACCUAAUUCCAUAUAUUAAUUAACUCAUUAUAUGGCAACGGUUGUGUGCUUGUUUACUCGUAUAAUUAAUUAUUAGAUGCAUCUAGUUAAAGUCA